GUUUUCUCUUUCAGGAUGCUGGCUACCAGGGUAUUUAGCCUUGUUGGGAAGCGAGCACUUUCCACCUCGGUGUGUGUAAGAGCACACGGAAGUGUUGUGAAGAGUGAAGACUAUGCUCUCCCGAGCUACGUGGACCGGCGUGACUACCCCCUGCCCGACGUCGCUCACGUCAAGCACUUGUCUGCCAGCCAGAAGGCCUUGAAGGAGAAGGAGAAGGCAUCCUGGAGUAGCCUCUCCCUGGAUGAGAAAGUCGAGUUGUACCGCAUCCAGUUCAACGAGAGCUUUGCUGAGAUGAACAGGGGCACCAACGAGUGGAAGACGGUGGUGGGCGCUGCCAUGUUCUUCAUUGGCUUCACGGCACUCGUGAUCAUCUGGGAGAAGCACUAUGUGUAUGGCCCCAUCCCACACACCUUCGACAAAGACUGGGUGGCCAUGCAGACCAAGAGGAUGCUGGACAUGAAGGUCAACCCCAUCCAGGGCUUCUCUGCCAAGUGGGACUACGACAAGAACGAGUGGAAGAAGUGAGCCGUGGUCCUGGUCCCGCCUGGCCUGUUCUGUCACUUCCGUGCAGUUCGGCUUAUUUACUGGAACCUGUCAUGUCAAACAGCACCAGUGCUAAU